CGGAGCGCAGAGAGGACGGAGAGAAAAGGAGGGCAAGAGGAAGCCAGCGAGAGCCAGGCUUGGGCCAGCUUUGGGGGCGCUGGGAUCCGGCCGGACGCCGGCCCUGCCUGGGGUCACAGCAGAGAGGUGGAGGGGACGGACACCUGGGGUCCUAAUUCAAUCCACCUGACAUGGCCGGAUCCCCCGAGGCCGGACACGCUGUGAGCCUCACGUGGCAGCGCCUCCUGCUGGCCCUGCUGGAAGCGUUGUGUUACAGCCAUGUCUCUGGGUCCUGGACAUCCUCGCUCCCUGGGACCAUCCGGGCUCUGAAGGGUUCCUGUGUGGUCAUCCCCUGUUCGUUCACCUACCCCGGCUCCCGCGAGUCCCUGGGCGGUCCAUUCAACGUGGUCUGGUACCAGUACCGGAGCAGGGGCUACCCCGAGAUCUAUAACAGCAAGGGCACGGCCAGCGUGCUGGCCGAGUACCAGGCCCGGACACAGCUGCUGGGGGAUCCGGAGAUGAAGAACUGCACCCUGAGCAUAAACCCCGUGCGGAGCGAGGACUCCAUGAGCUACUACGUCUGGAUCAACCCCGACUCUGUCAGGCAUCGCUUCUACGACAUCACAGUCCGGGUGGAGGUGGCAGACACUCCAGACCCGCUGAUGCUGAGCGACCCCGGGGUGCUGAUCGAGGGCGACCGAACCACCAUCACCUGCUCCAUCCGCCACACCUGCCCCUCGGCCCCUCCCAGCCUGGGCUGGAGCCCCGGGGGGGGCAAAGCCGCGACCAGCCACGAGCGGCUGGCGGGGGGCGGCUGGCGGGCGGAGUCGGAGCUGAGCUACACCCCCUCGUACAAGGACCACGGGCGGUACCUGCAGUGCACGGCCACCUUCCCCAACCAGCAGCAGGCUCGCAACGGGCUGUACCUGCAGGUCAAGUAUCGCCCGCGGGGCACGGCUGUGGCCGUGGUGGGGCCGGCCCGGCUGAAGGAAGGCGACAACGUCACCCUGCGCUGCACCAGCCAGAGCCACCCACCGGCCACCACCUACCGCUGGUUCCAGGGGCCGCGCCGGGCCCUGCUGCGGGGGCUGGGCCGGGGCCCCGAGGUGACGGUGCUGGCUGUGGGGCGCCUCUCAGGGCCCUACCGCUGCGCCGCCGAGAACGAGAUCGGCCUGGGGGAGGACUCGCCCGCCGCAAACCUCGACGUGGAGUACCCGCCGGAGCUGCUGCCACAGGGGAACUGCACGGUGUGGGGCAGCGGGCCCGGAGGAACGGCCACGUGUCACUGCACGGCCGAGGGGAACCCCCCACCCCGCCUCGAGUGGCGCUUGCCCAACCGCACCCUCCCGGGGGACUUCGAGGGCCCUGAGCUGCGAGCGACCUCGGGGGCGCGGGGCCCGGCCGUGAGUGGGGAGCUGCAGGGCCCGGCCCGGGCCCUGGCCAACGUGUCCUGCACUGCCACCAACGCCCACGGACAGAGCCAGGCCGUGCUGCCCUUUGUGCCCGCAGGUACCGGGGACCGGUGGGGGGCUGGGCAUGGGGUGCCCUGGUACCGUAACAGCUCAUGUACAUGCCCCGACCGGGGUAUCGGCCGCAUGUAGGGUUGCCAACCGGAGUUCCCCCUAAUCAGCGCGGCCUGCACCCCCACCCAGAGCCCUCACCCCCUGCACCCCAACCCU